GUUGCUCCCAUUCCCAUAUUACUACUGGUUAUGGACAAACCCACAGGCAUGGGUGAUCCUAUGCGGGAAAUACAAGGACCCAUCAAAGGUGAUGGACUAUGUUUCACAUUUCCUCAAGUUGUUGCAGUUCAUUUCUCUUUUUUCAGUUUCCACUCUCUCUUGGCCGCCUCCUCUCUACUUCUGGCCCCUCUUUGGCUUUGGUCAGUUCCUCAACUUCAGGGUAUACCAAUUGCUUGGUGAAGCUGGUACUUACUAUGGUGUACGCUUUGGGAAGAAUGUCCCCUGGGUGACAGAGUUCCCAUUCGGGGUUAUAAGAGAUCCACAGUAUGUUGGAAGCGUUCUGAGUCUUUUUGCAUGUCUAUCUUGGGUCCCUUUCCAAUACGUUCUCUUGUGGACUCUGGGCUAUGUAUUCAUGAUCCACCUGGAAUCAAAGGAGGAUCCUUAAAUAUGAUCCCUAUAGGAGCAAGUAUCAUUACUUAACCAAUUAUUAAUUUGUUACCACUUAAAAUUGGUUGGG